ACUCUCUCACGCACUGUGGCUAUGAGUUUGUCUCAACUCUGAAUCACUAAUCUCUUUCUGUAAACCACCCAGCUUAGCUACUCAUUUUAAUUCAUCACUAUCUAUAUAUACUGAAAUCCAAUUCCCAGGAAGAAGAAGAUGGGAAAGCGUACUGGAGGUGGAUCGAUUAUGAGAAGAACAAGCAGCAUGAGCGGCAUGAACAUAGACGCCAUAGACGCCCAGCUUAGCAACACAGAAACCCAUCAGGAAGCAUCUUCUGAAGAUCCCAUGGAAAUACCUCACUUUCUUAGAAGCUGCCGUCUCUGCAACCGCCGUUUAGCCGCCGGUCGAGACAUCUACAUGUACAGAGGGGACACAGCAUUCUGCAGUUCAGAGUGCAGGGAGGAGCAGAUGAAGCAAGACGAGAGAAAAGAUAAGUGGAACAAGAAUAAGGUCACCUCCUCCAAGAAACAGAAAGACUCUCCUACUCCUUCUUCCACCAAAAGUCAGACUGUUGCUGCUGCUUGAAAGAAGAAAAUUUAGCCACAGAAUUUCCGUCGCUAAUCAGUUUAGUGAAGGAGUUCUGCUGCUAAUCAAUUAGUAUCGCUAAAUUCUAUGGCUAAUUCGAUGUUUUUUUCGUAGUAUAAAAAUCUAUCUUCUCCCUCGUCCUUUAUCUCUCUCCAUCCAUUUGAAUGGCUGCUCUAAUUUUCCUACUUGAGAUCCAUCCAUCAUUAUAUCUUAUAUCUGCCUUUGAUUUGUAUAAUUACUUCCUUUAAUUAAUCUGAAGUCAGUUUUCUGCAGUUUCCC